AAAAAAAAGAAAAAGAGAGAGAGAGAGAGAGAGAAGAAAUGGUCGGAGUGAUCGUGGAUCCAAGUUUCUGUGUUCGGGACCGCGUCGAACUGGCGAUAGUGCGGGAUAACCUCGCGUCAGUGUACGGUAAUUACGUUAUAACUGACGUUAACGGGAACCUGCUGUUCCAGGUUAAGAAACCGGGUUUUGGUUUUCACAAGCAGAUGAUCUUAUUGGAUGGUUUUGGAUCUCCGGUCGUGACUAUGAGAGAGAAGAAACUGAGCUGGCUUGAAAAGUGGAAGGUAUUCAGAGGAGGUAGUACGGAAGAGUCUGAUUUGCUGUACACGUUGAAGAGAUCGUCGAUAUUUCAGAUUCCGACAAAACUUGAUGUGUUUUCGGGUUUAAACAAUGAAGAGAAGACAUGCGAUUUCAAAGUCAUAGGGGAGACUGGGAACGAUCGCUCUUGUGUCGCCUACGCUGGUGAAUAUGACGCCAUUGUUGCCAAACACAAGAAGCACACGUGGCGGAGCGCUUUCUCUUUCUCGGCAAAGGACAAUUUCUUGGUGACGGUCAAUGAAAACGUUGAUUAUGCUUUCAUUGCCUCUCUUGUAGUCCUUUUCGAUGUUAUGGACCGAAAACUAGAACAACCGGUCAAAGCAGGCGGUGAUUGGUUCGAGAGUGCACUUUCUGGAAUGAGUUUCUUUCGGUGAUAUAUCUUAAAAAAAAUUAAUUCCAACCAAAAUCUACUGUUAUUCAAGUAAUGAUUUUAAAUUAUGUUAAAUUUUAGUGCUAUUGAAUGUUAUAUUUAUAAAUGAUGCAUCAUUGAUUUUAAUAUCUAAAAGAAUGGACAUUUGGAAAGACUCUC